AGGAGGAUGGCUGUGAUCAGACCUCUCCAGCUAGUAGUCUUGUGGACAUCAGUGUUCUUUUCUAUGGCCUUUAACAUAGAUAUUGUAGGACAUAAGAUUUACAAUGGAUCGGGAUCCCAUGAAGACUUCUUUGGAUACAAGGUAUUGCAGUACCAGUCUGGAAGAGAGAAAGGGACUGUUGUCAGUGCACCACUUCAAAACAAUGGAACUGGUGGGGUCUUCCUGUGUAAUGACACAAGUCCACACUGCCAUCCCAUUCCACUACCGAGGGCAGCAGAAGCCGAUUCUGAAGAUUUUAUCAAGGCGGUUGGAAUGUCGGUCGCUGUCAGAACAAAACCAACUGUCCAGUUUACUGCCUGCAGUCCUUCAUGGAGUCAUGAGUGUGAUGGGACCCCCUAUCUCAACAGCAUCUGUUAUCAGUGGAGCAGCAGAGGCCAGGUCUCUAACAUCACCUCAGCUUUUAAAGAGUGCACAAAGCAAAUAGUGGAUCUAGUAUUCCUCUUUGAUGGAUCCACGAGCAUGAAGACAGAGGACUUCAGAAAAACUAAAGAGUUAAUCAAAACCAUCAUGAAUAAGAUGCAGAACACAUCAAUUCAAUUUGCAGCAGUUCAGUUCUCUUCACAAUUCAAGACCGUUUUCACAUUUAAAGACUUCCAGGACAAGAAAGCCCUGAAAAAGCUGGACGAUGAACCACAAAUGAAAGCGCUGACAAACACACACCAGGCCUUGCGCUUCACUCUGUUGAAUCUAUUUGACAAACAAGAGAGUGGUAGACACCCAGAUGCAAUAAAGGCAGUGGUCAUCAUCACUGAUGGCAAUCCUUCAGACACUAACAAAAUGGGAGGAUACAUUUUAGAAAAAUAUGAAGCCAGACACAUCAUCCGAUUUGUCAUUGCGAAGGUUGGAAAAGUGGACAUGAAAAAACUCGAAAAAUUGGCAUCAGAGCCCAAAUCCAAUAAUUCCUUCUACAUUCAGGAUUAUGCUGGGCUGAAUGGUCUUCUGACAAACUUGCAAACGAAGAUCUUCAACAUAGAAGGCUCUAAACAGGACCUGGCUCAGACAUGGGAAAAAGGACUUUCACAGAGUGGAACGAGUGCUGAGUUUACUGAGGACACAUUGAUUCUAGGAUCAGUAGGAUCCAAUAACUGGAAAGGAUCUCUUUAUCAGAUUAAGGAUAAGGAUUCAUCUGAGAUAGAAAUUCAAGACCCAGACAUGAAGACUGACUCUUAUAUGGGCUACUCUGUUUCUGUUGGAAAGAAGAAUGGCGUUCCUUUGUACUUUACGGGUGCUCCCAGAUACAAACACAGGGGACAGGUCAUUGUCUUCAGCAACAUUGGAGGUCAAUGGAACGUCACAAAAAGAGUUGACAGUGAGCAGCUUGGAUCUUAUUUUGGGGCGGAGCUGUGUGCUGUUGACAUUGACUCUGAUGGCACCACUGACUUCCUGAUGGUCGGGGCUCCCCUCUAUUAUGAGCCUCAGAGAGAGGGCCGCAUGUAUGUGUAUGCCCUUACGGAAGAGAACAAUCUGGAGAAGAUGCAGAACAUUUCAGAGUCGUCUCAGGGCAGGUUUGCCUCCUCCAUGGCUUCCCUCAGGGACCUCAAUGGUGAUGGGCUCCAAGACCUGGCAGUGGGAGCCCCACUGGAGGACAACCAGAGAGGAGCCGUCUAUAUAUACCUCGGAGACAAAACUACGGGAAUUCGCCAAGAGUAUAGUCAGCGCAUCAGAGCGAAAAUGCUGUCAGAAGGUUUGCAGCAGUUUGGGGUGGCCAUUGAUGGGAAAUCUGACGUGAAUGGCCUGACGGAAAUUGCAGUGGGUGCUCGUGGACAGGUGGUUCUGCUAAAGUCCAAGCCCAUCUUUAGUGUGUCGCCGCACCUCUUAUUCAGCCCCUCAGAGAUCAGCAUCCAGCAGUUUGACUGCGCCAAGCACAAGGAGGAUUUCCCUGUGUUCUACGUGACCAUCUGCUUCAAGAUGAGCGAGCAAACCAGAAGCACAAACGAUGCACUGAGCAAAGGGAUUCAGUUGGACUAUGACCUGGUUGUUGAUUCCCAAAGACAAAACAGCCGAGGUUUCCUUGCUGUAAAAAAUGACACUGUGAGAAGUGUUCAGUCAAGGCUUCAUCUAAAUAAGAAUACAACUUGCCAAAAUCACACCAUCUAUAUGCCAACCUGUGUAAUGGACACACUGUCUCCUGUCGUGCUCAACGUGAACUUCUCCCAAGCUGAGAGCCAGCAGUCUUUUGGGAUUUUAAAUGUUGACAGCAAGAAAUUGGCCAUGGUGGAGGUGCCCUUUGAAAAAUCAUGUGGACACAAUGACACAUGUGUGGCAAAGCUAAAAAUGGACUUCAACUUCACCUCCCCACUGUUGUUGUUUACUGAUCAGGAGUAUUUACAUGUGAGAGUGGAACUGGCAAAUGAGGGUGAUGAUUCUUAUAACACCAGCCUCCUUUUCAAGUAUCCAGAAGGCCUGUCUCACUCAAAGUUAUCACCUAUCAAGCAAAACAAGAGAGCUGAAACUCUCUGUGCAGGAGACCCAGAGAAAACUGACCUCACCAUCUGCAGUGUGAGUCUUCCUGUCUUCCGCAGUGAAAGUUGGGCCAUAUUCAAUGGGUCAUUUUACAUCACCCCCAAUGUAGAUUGGAAUGAUUCAUUUGCAAUGACCAUCAUUGCACACAGUGACAAUGGGAAGGACUAUCCUGUAACAAUGACCAUUCCUGUACUUUUCGGUGUUGGCCUGAAAGUGAAGUUCUUAGACAUCCCUGGGGCCUCAACAAUAUACCUUGAUUACUCAUUAGAGGACAAAGGACCCAAAACACUUACACAUAUGUAUCAGGUAGCCAACAUGGGAAGGGUGCCUCUGCCGGUCACAGUAAAUUUUACCUUUCCAACAAAACCUGAGAACCACUUUGAAAUCCAUAAUUACAGAAUUUCACACAACAAGGGUAAUGAAACAAUCCAGUGUGAUGACCCUGAGGAUACAAGUACUCCGAACUGUACAGAGUGCAAGAUGGUGAGGUGUUUCAUUCGUACAUUAAAGAUCUCUGAGAGUGUCCUGUUCUGGCUGACUGCGGAUGCGGUCUUCAACCUCAGUCCAAAUAAAUAUACAUUCUCUGAAAUGAGAUAUAAGGUGGAAUACAAAAGUUCUGCGCAGAUCAGCUAUGAUGAAACACGUUACGUGCAGACUGGAAAUGACCAAACUGUUACUGGAGCAGUUCCAGACUUCCACAGGAAUCAGGGCGUAACCAAAGCUGAGUUCAUUGUCCCAAUCCACCAAACUUUGAUCAUAGGUUUAGCAAGUAGCGGAGGACUGUUACUGCUCAUCAUUAUUACUGGGGCUCUAUACAAGUGUGGAUUUUUCAAUAAAUCUGGACAAUAUAUACUUCAGCAAGGAGCUGACUCAAGAGAACCGGAGCUCACAGCAGUGUCCCAACUCAGAGGAACCAUACUGAGUGUGUGUCACUCACAGUUUGAGCCUCCUGCCUCUUGAGAAUUUGAGUUGAAAAAAGUACAGCCUGUUUUUUUACCACAACUUUAAAUAAAAAUGGCCCUUUAUGACUGUAUCUAAAUAUGAAACCUGCCUGGCAUACAAUAAAUGAUGAAAGUAGUUGCUGAUUAUGCUAAAAUGAUGAGUGCUACUUUAGUUGCUAGUAUUUAGUUGCUAUAGAAUAAUGAAAAAAUGAUGAGCGCUAAAUUGCAUGAUUUGAGCUCAGCUGGCAUUGCCUGUGAUGUGGAUGCGUCUCAGUGGGUUGCAAAAGUAUUCAACCCUCUUGAAAUUCAUCACCAUUUUCACAUUUUAAAAAGAUGUUAAACAUUUUUGCUCAAUUUGAACAUCUAAAAUAUUUCUGAUAUUUUUUCUACUGUAUUUGUGUUUUUUGUUGUUGUUGUUUAAAAAAAAAAAAAAAAAAAAAAAAAAACAUUAAUUAAAAGCUAAAAUAUGAAGUGUUCAACCUCCAGAGAUUUUGAGUUCCAGGUGAAGACAAGU